AUGCUUUCGAAAUCCGCCGCACGGGCGUUCUUUCUGGUCGGCACCAUUGGGUUUUCGGUCAUCUUUCUGCUGCUGACGUUCGACACCAUCCGCCGCGUGCCGGAGCAGACCAACGCCGACAACCUGACGCCGCAGGCGAUCGCCGGCAAGCACCUGUGGGACAGGAACAACUGCAUGGGCUGCCACACCAUCCUGGGCGAGGGUGCCUACUACGCGCCGGAACUGACCAAGGUGUACGAACGGCGCGGGCCGGAGUUCAUCAAGGCCAUGCUGCGCGAUCCGGAGGCCAUGUAUCCCGGCCAGCGGCGCAUGGUGAAGUACGACUUCACGGACGAGGAAAUGGAGGCCAUGGUCGCCUUCCUCAAGUGGAUCGGCGAGAUGGACCUCAAUGGCUUCCCGCCCGAAGCCCACCCUGCUGCCGGUGACGGUGCCGACGGUGGGGCCGGAGGUCGUUGCCGCGGUUUCGCCCCCGCCCAAGGUGUUCAACCAAAUUUGCAUCGCCUGCCAUAG